UAACUUCUCCUUACUUCUCAAAUUCUCUCCAUCCAAUCAAUCUGAGUCUUGCAGGCAUACGUCCAUUUUGGAAAAAAAAAUACUAAUAAUAACAUCGGGGCGGAGAGGAGCGGAAAGCCAGUUGACUGUAAUGGAUGUGAGGAAAAUAGUGGUAAUAGUAGAAGAUGUAGAAGUAUCAAGAACAGCUCUACAAUGGGCACUUCAUAACCUUUUACGUUAUGGGGAUUUAGUGACACUUCUGCACGUUUUCCCUAAUUUUAGAUCCAGAAGCACCAAGAAACUUAGACAUCUUCGUCUCAAAGGCUUUCAAUUAGCUCUGUCUUUUCAAGACCUUUGCAACAAUUUCCCCAACACCAAGACAGAGAUUGUGGUCACUGAAGGAGAUCAAGAUGGUGGAAAAAUUGCUGACAUGGUUAGACAAAUUGGAGCUUCUACUCUUGUUGUUGGACUUCAUGAUCAUAGCUUUAUCUACAAGAUGGCCAUGUCCCACAACAGUAUUGCAAGCAAUUUGAAUUGCAAAGUACUAGCCAUCAAGCAACCAACACCAUUGACCACCACCACCAUCACAAGGAAAAGGAGUACUAUUUCUUUACCUAACAGUUCAACCAACAUGGACUUCUCACAGAUUGAAAUAGCUGCACUGAGUUUCCCAGAAGUUGAUCCACCAAGAAUUCCAUACCAAGUUUGUCCGGACCCUCAUGCUAUUAUUUGGAGGAAACGGAGAUCCAGGACUAGAAGAUGGAUAAGAAGAGAUUAAUAAAUCCAAGCAAUAUUGUCCGUUUCAAAUGAGAGAAUUAUGUAUAUCUGAUGUUAUUAAUUGUUUGAUGACAAAAGUGGUUUUUUCAAUUUGUUAGUCGACUCAUAGGGCAUAGAACAAAGAGAGGAAAAAAGGUUUACAAAAUUCUCAAAGCUGUUUGGUAAUUUGGCAAAUGAAUAUUCAUUAUGAACAAUUUUGUCAUAUACACGCAAUCGAAUAUACACGCAAAUUUUGUCAAUCCA